ACCCACUUAGACGUUUUUUCACUACAAAAAGCUUCUUCCACGCUUGUUUUGGUUCGUUUCCUGGAUUGCUUCUCCAGAAACACUGCAGCAUUUCCUAUGAGUCGAAUGGAACGUCAUCAUCACAAAUGACUCUAGAUUCAUACAUAGUCCUUUGAAGGCUGUGAUGGUUUAUUUCCCCCAUCCUCUAUAAUAAACAUAAAUGAAACCAGCGUCUUUCUCGGAAACAUUUGGAGAUCUUCGUAGGCGCUCGGGGGAAGUGGAUGUUUUGAAACUUUCUGGGAGGAGUCCUGACUUUUUUUUCUUUUUUUUUUAAGGCUGACACGUGAAACUUUCCCGAGGAGUUGGUUGGUAUGCGUGCUGCUGCGAGGCGCUCCGUUAACUGCACACGGACAACAUACAUACAACCUUUGGAUCGGUGAGACUAUUUUUAGAAGCCUGUCCGAUGGGGGAAAACGCAGGAAAACUCCCAACUCUUCUGCCACGAGUUUGCACGAUGCAGCCAACUGACGGAAUAUAAACGUACCAGACGUCCACUGCUUAGUUUUUUUUAGUUCUUCUUUUCGUACAUCGCAGUGGCCCCUGGAGAAGUUGCCGCGCAGCACCAUGGCUGCCCAGUGCGACACUUUAAGCGGAUACUUGCAGCAGUCGGACCAGGGCUCCAACAGCGAGCGCAGCACAGACUCUCCCAUCCCCGGUUCAGAGGAGGACCUCAGCGGCCCGCACCCGCUGCCAGACCCGGAGUGGACCGAGGAGAGGUUCCGUGUGGACCGUAAGAAGCUGGAAGUCAUGUUGUUAGCUGCCACAGAGGGGAGAGUCAAUGGCGGGGAAGAUUUCUUUCAGAAGAUCAUGGAUGACACCCAAACACAGAUAGCCUGGCCAUCCAAACUGAAAAUUGGAGCAAAGUCCAAAAAAGAUCCCCACAUCAAAGUGUGUGGAAAGAGGGAGAAUGUGAGAGAAGCCAAAGACAGAAUUAUGUCCGUCCUUGACACAAAGAGCAACAGGGUGACGUUGAAGAUGGAUGUCUCCCACACCGAGCACUCCCAUGUGAUUGGCAAAGGUGGCAACAACAUCAAGAGGGUGAUGGAGGAGACGGGGUGUCACAUCCAUUUUCCAGACUCUAAUAGGAACAACCAGGCUGAGAAAAGCAACCAGGUGUCCAUCGCGGGGCAGCCAGGAGGAGUGGAGGCAGCUCGUGUAAAAAUAAGGGAGCUGCUACCUCUUGUUCUAUCUUUCGAGCUUCCAGCCAUCAUGCAGUCUGACCCCAGCUCCCCGACUGUGCAGCACAUCUCACAAACGUACAACCUCACCGUCUCCUUCAAGCCCCCGACGCGCCUCUACAGGGCCACAGGUGUUGUCCGCGGAUCACAGAAUAACGUCAACGCAGUGAAGAGAGGCACAGCUCUGCUGCUAGAACACCUCGCUGGCAGUCUGGCGAGUACCAUCUCCAUCACCACCCACCUGGAUAUCGCGCCGCAGCACCACCUUUUCAUGAAGGGACGCAACGGCAGCAACAUCAAGCACAUCACCCAGAGGACGGGAGCCCAGAUUCACUUUCCUGACCCCAACGGACCCCAAAAGAAAUCCACGGUCUACAUCCAGGGGACCAUUGAAUCCGUCUGCCUGGCACGGCAGUGCCUCAUGGGCUGCUUGCCUCUGGUUUUAAUGUUUGACAUCAAAGAGGAUGUUGAGGUGGAGCCACAGUGCAUCACAGCACUGAUGGAGCAGCUGGAUGUCUUCAUCAGUAUCAAACCAAAACCAAAGCAGCCAAGCAAGUCGGUGAUAGUGAAGAGCGUGGAGAGGAAUGCCGUCAACAUGUACGAAGCUCGAAAAUUCCUCCUGGGCCUUGAGAGCAACGGAGUGUCCUCUUCCUCACCCUCCGUGGCCAUGAAUCCCCCCGCCAAUGGUCAAUCCCCUUCCCUUCUUUGCCCUGUUGGCCUGGACAUCCUGGCCUCAGCUGGACUGGGGCUGAGUAAUCUGGGUUUCUUAGGUGCAUCAGCGCCCCACUCGCUCUCCAACUCUGUCGCCCCGAACGCGAUUCUGAACAGGUUGAACUCAACUCUGAGCCCUCUGCAGACGCCGAGCCCCAGCACCCCGACGCCGCCCCCGUCUCUGUGGCCCAGUUCACUCACCAGCACUCAAAACUUCUCAUCUCAGCUGAUGCUGCAUCCUGCCACUCAGGCCACUCUGAGCAGCAUCCUGCUGUCGAGCGUUCAGGGUUACACUCACAGCACGCCAUCUCCUCCGCCAGGCCUCGCCCCCAUUGAGAAGCAGCCAAACGGAGUCCCUGACUGCACUCGGAACGGACACGUCAAGCAUCCUGGCUAUGCGAGGUUAGCAACAGCAGCACUUGCAGAAACCGUUCUGAGUCCUGCUCCAUGUGACUCCGCUCAAGAAGCCAGCGGACGUAGUCCAUCAGAACUGCUGUCCAGUAAGUCCAACCCAGAUGAAGGCUCUGAUACGUUUGUGGAAGUGGGCAUGCCAAGAAGCCCUUCACAUUCAGCCAGUGGCAGUGAGCUGAAACAGAUGCUGGCUUCAUGUAAGACUUCAUCGGGAAAGCGACAGGCUGUGGAGCUCCUGCAGGGCACCAAAAACUCCCAUCUACAUUCUGACUGUCUGCUGUCAGACGCCGAGUCCAGCUCGUCAGACAGCCCCGUUGCAGAUAAGAGGGCGCCGGGUAGCGAGCGGGCAGCCGAAAGGGCUGCACAGCAAAACGAGAGGGAGAGAAUCAGGCUGGCUCCACAGACGACUUUUGCUAACAUGCAGGCCUUUGACUACGAACAGAAAAAGCUGUUGGCAACCAAAGCGAUGUUAAAGAAACCCGUGGUGACAGAGGUGAGGACACCCACCAACACCUGGAGCGGUCUGGGCUUCUCAAAGUCCAUGCCAGCUGAGACAAUCAAGGAGCUGCGAAGAGCCAAUCACGUCUCCUAUAAACCCAGCAUGACUACCACAUACGAGGGUUCCCCGCUUUCCUUGUCUCGAUCCGGCAGUCGGGAAGGCAUUGGGAGUGGCAGCGACUCGGACAACUGGAGGGAGAGAAACGGCACCGGAAACGGCCUGACGAACCACACGGAGUUCCCCUCGGCUGUCAGCAGUCCGAAGAGGAAGCAGAACAAAUCUGCUGCAGAACAUUACCUCAGCAGCAGCAACUACAUGGACUCAAUUUCCUCAGUAACGGGCAGCAAUGGCUGCAACCUGAAUUCAUCCUUGAAAGGUUCUGAUCUGCCCGAGCUCUUCAGCAAGCUGGGUUUGGGGAAGUACACGGACGUCUUCCAGCAACAAGAGAUCGACCUCCAGACAUUUCUGACUCUAACAGACCAGGACCUGAAGGAACUAGGAAUCACCACUUUCGGUGCCCGUAGGAAAAUGCUGCUUGCCAUUUCAGAACUAAACAAGAACCGGAGGAAGCUAUUUGAGCCACCCAUCAGGUCCUCGUUCCUAGAGGGAGGCGCGAGCGGACGGCUUUCCCGGCAGUUUCACGCUGACGUGGCCAGCGUCAGCGGGCGGUGGUAGUCCAUCCCAAAGGAACCUCUUAAAACCAUCCAUGAAGACCGGAAUCUACUUGUUGCCCACCUUUCAGCAGGUGUUUGCCCUUUUUGAGCUUCGGCUGAUUAAAGACUGUUAAAACAAAGCAAAAACGUAUUUUUAAAAAGCCAUAAUUUUACCUGAAGUGCCAACUAGAAAAAGGGAAUCCUCAGACGUAAGUGGUUCAGUGUUGACUCCUUUUAGAAUAAUUGAAUCUAUCUGGAGAAUUUACAUAUGAAGGAUGUUGUUGUGGUUCUGGAGAAAAGGUACUGUCCAGUAUUUCCGUCCACUUUUUGCAUAAAGGGACCAGGCAGAAUGAUUAGUACAAUCAAUUUACAGAUUGAUACUACCUGCAUUAAAUUAUGCUUUUGUAUCAGUGACAUGCACUUUAUUACUAGGUUUCUGUCUGCGAGAGCCUUUACUCCUUAGACCGAAGUCAUAAAAACUACAUUUUUUAUAAAGAGGAAAAAGCACAGCUGCAUUUUGUACCAAACAUGAGUUAAGCACUUGGCCACCGAGAUUAGAGAUCCAUUAAAGUUCAAAAGAGACGUUAACAAAUGAAACCAAAGGGAAGCGCCAUGGCCUUUGACCUCUCGCUGCCUUCAGCGUGUUGAUUGGUUGAGAUUUAAUUAGAGGUCAGUGUUAAACAGCAGCUUGUCUGUAUAUCAAGACCAAAGCAAGGGAAAUAAAAUCUAUUGUACUUAUUACGCAUUAUGAUUUUACGUUUAGUUUUUAUUACCAUUUUAGGCGAAUGAGUGGAAUGUUUAUUGGUAAUCAGUUUACAUAUGUAUUUUUAUAUGUUUAUGAAUGUUUUUUUCUUCAGUUUUUAGUGAUUAGUUAUGUUUUACUUGUGUUUUUUUCUGCCCCUAAAUCUGUGGAUCCGUGGUAUGGCUGUGCCAUAAGACAGCAGCUGUUUGGUGAAUCUGAUCGUGUCAUUAGUCCUUUUUCUCUGCUUUACUUUGUGUUCAUAGUGAAUUUUGUUUUAUCGUGUAUUGUUAUUGUCAGUAAUGCUCACCUGGAGUCCACUCUGUCUGCUUUAACUAUUAGUUUGCUUGUAUCUGGUAUGUGAGGUGUAAAGCCAAGACCUGCGUGCCAUUUUACCCCACCCCCCUUUAAAGUUUUUGUUCCAUUUCAAGAAAGGAAAGCUCUAAUAACAGAACAAAGUGCCAAUGCACAUAACUCAUUCUUCAGCAGGGAGAUAUUUCAGUAAGAGACUAAUAUUUGGGUCUGACCUUCCUCUCCACACAAAGGAGCAAUAUGUUCACAGACAAGCCGGUCUCAUUUGAGAAUUUCUGAAAGUAGCAAACGUAGAGGGGAAAGUUACUGAAAGGAUUCAGAUUUAAGACAAAAACAAACACAAAUCUGGAGUUUUCAUCUAUCAGUCAGGAAAUCUAAGGCUCCUAAAACCUUGUUGGGCAGAGUUUAUUAAAGUUACAGGAUUAAGCAAGAAACGGUGCUUAUCAUCAGAUCUUUUAACUUCUCUGUGUUCCUGUAGAUGUUCAGCCACAUUAGUUGGAAAAGCAAACAUCUUUAAUUUGAAGUUUAUUGGAUUUUUCUUUUCUUUUAGAAGAUCUUACUUUAGAAGCCAAACGAUCUUCUGACAUCCAGAGGAUUUUCAAGUGCAAUUAAGUGUUUUAUUUUUUUGUUUGUGUUUCUAACUCCGGUACAUUCAGCGUAAAAACAAAGAGGAAUUUAUGUGUUUAAUCGAAAGCUAAAGUCUUAAAGGUAGAUGGAGGCAUGGAUGUUUUAUCUUUGCAAACUUAAUUAGGACAGGAUUUUACAUCCAUUAGUUUUUUUCAUGAAGAUUCCUUUCAUGAUGUUCACCUUGAAUCACUUUUCAACCGUUUUAUUUUCCUUUCUGAUUUCAGCCAUUUGCAAAGCUGAAUAUUAUUCCGACACGGUUGCUGAUGCAGACCAGGUAGCUUUUCUUUUUAUUUUCAUUUAAAGUCUUAAGAUGUGAUGAAGAGGGUUAAAGCUCAUGUAGAGAGGGCUUCUUUACCCAGAGAGGAAACCCCCGGGGCCAGUAUGCUCCCACUCAUCAUGGUUCUACAUCCAGACUCCUGAGCACUGAUUUCCCCAGUGCUGCGACUCGUGUUCCUGCCUAGCAGACAUUUGUUUUCUUCCCUCGCAUCGUUUAGAUGCGUUUGAUAGAGGUUAUUGACUUAUAAAAGUGGAGAUCUAUUAAUGCGUGUUCUUGCAGCUUGAACACGUAUCAGUGGACGGUUUACCACCAGCAUUUCAGUCGUCUCACAAUUAUGUCUUUGAUUUGUCGUAUUGGUUCCUGUUCACAAUAGGGAUGCAAAUGAAGGAAUCUUUGUACUGCGGUCAAAUGGUACAUUUAAAGUAAAUGUAAACCACUAGAGGAAGUAUCUGUAUGUCUUACCGUUUCUAAUGCAGCCAGUAUUUUGUGUGAUAAAAGGUACAUUUCUGCACAUUGUUCUGGGUAAGAACUUGUUGAAACAUUGCCACGAGGCCAAAGCUCUGUUCACUGUGCCAUCUGUUGAUGCUAUUGUUAUUCUGAUUGUAUGGUUGUGCAAAUAGAAGCAGAACACUUUCAUCUGGAGGAAACUGCCCAGCAGGAAAUGAUAAAAAAAACUGUUUGUUCAAACAUUCAAAUGAUAUUGAGGUGGAAAUAAAUGUAUACAAAAUCAUAA